AUGCCACCAAGACUAGGAAGAACUCAGUUAAGGGUCCAGAAUCCAGAUAACGACUCGGGCUCUAGCGAAGGAGACAGCGACCAGGAUACACGAUACUAUGCAAACCGUGGCGUGAAUGGAGUUGGCCACCUGAAACUUCGUGUCCCGUUGUCACCUGCAUCCACUGGAAAUAACACUCUUCAAUCAUUAGCUAUCCAGACGCCAGUGUCGCCGCUACCGCUCUCAAAUUCCCUCCCGAGCCACAGUCAUAUAGAUAACAUACCCAUGCAUUUUAAUAGAUCCCAUGAGAGGCGCCCCUCGGACACCCAGCGCCCGUUUCCAAACCCUACAGCCGACCAGCCUAGAGUAAUCAAAGUUCUCGCCAGCUCAGACGGUGGAGAACGGUGGGCUACUGUUGAUUUGGCCGAUGCAAGAUCAGCUCUACUGAUAAAAGAGCGCCUUUUCGCCAAG